AUGUCGGGUGACCCAUCAGAUCGUGAAGAGGGGAUGGGGUAUGAUGACCAUGACGUGGGCACAGACGAGCCGUCAACUGAAUUUUAUGUAGUACGCCCUCAGCGCAAUGAGGCUCCCGAGGUGGAAGAGGUGGGGACCUCUAUACCUGAACCUUCCCGUAAGGGAAAGGAAAAGAAAAAGGCGGGGAAUGAUAAGCUUGAGGACCGGGAUAUAAAGACAUCGCGGUGUACGUUGGGUUUUUUGAGGGCUGUGCGAGCAGCUUUCGGCAUCCCGGAGGAGUACGAGCUAUCGGUGAUCCCUAAGGGGAAGAGGUUGAACGAUGUUCCUCCCGAGAAUACUAUCAUGCUUACUUUGGAGCAUCUACAGUCAGGGAUUCGUUUUCCCAUUUCCGAGCAGUACCAGAGGUUAAGCGAUUAUUUCGAAGUGCCUUUAUCACAGAUUCACCCUAACGGUGUGCGGCACUACUCCUGUUUUUUGAAGCUGUGUCAGCAAAACGGAGUUACGGACAGCAUGCGACUCUUCUGCUGUAUGUAUCUGAUGUCGUUGAAGGACCAAAGUCAUUUUGCUUACCUGCGAUUUCGGGGUGAGAGGAAAGAUGUGCCCGGGGGGCUGGUCUCGGGGAUAACCGACUCUUUGAGGGAUUUCAAAGAGGAUUAUUUUCAGAUUUCUCAUCCUACGGCUUUCCAAGGGAUGGUGACUGCCUGGGUCACCAAAUGCUACAAACCUUUGAAGUGGUUUCAUAUCCCUGGUCCUAUGGAGCGAGAUGACAUGUACAAGCUCCGGGAUGCUGCUCCUGCUGGGGAAAAGGCUCAUGCCGAUGAUCUGAGCCCCAAAUUUGGUGUUUGUCUUAGCACUUUGUCUUGUUUGGUAUCUUGCUUGCUGUGUUGUGCUUGUACUUUUUCCUUUGUUUUGUUUUUUUCUUUUUUUUUUUUUUUUUUUUUUUUUGACUCAUUGUGCCUUUGUGUUAUUGCAGUGAACAGUCUGGAUCCUGCUAAACUUGCUGGGAAGAAGCGCAAGAGGCCUGCUACCCGAGCUUCUACCUCGGUGCCUCCAGCUGUUCCCCGGGCAGCGGCUGAUGCGGCCUCGGGGCCUCGGCCAACGACGGCGAGUACCGCGGCCCCUGAGGGGGGUAUUCACGUGGUCCCCCUACGGGUCCAACUGCCUAGUGGUAUCGAUGUCCCCCCUACUGCUGAGCCAGUAGGAGGGAACAUUCCUUUCGUGGACCUGGGAUCUGCCGAGACUGUGGUGGGGCCGCGAGAGGCUGAGGAGGUCCCCCAGGGGGCGGCUCCUGGGGUGGGUGGUUCCGGUGCUCAAACCUCCCACUUCCAGAUGCCGGAUUUGCCGGACGUUUCGUCGGACUCCAGCACCGCUGCUUCCGGGCCCAAUGGUAUUACUCGGGCGCGCUUCGCUGAGUGGGUCGGCCAGCAUAACCCCGGGGUCCGGGUAUCAAUUCAUGAACUGCCCAUAGCGGGGGACAUUGCUCGGGUGACGACUCUGCCCGAGGACGAGGCUUAUUAUAAAACUUAUAAGCCCGAGAACUUGCUGGCCACCGUUUCUGCUCUCUGUAUCCAGGCGGCUCAGAUGUCGUACCGAGCUGAUCGGAAUGCCAGCCAGAAUGAAGAUGACCUCCUGCUGGCCAAGAGGCUUUUACUUGCGGAGGCUGCCAAGGUCCGGGAUGCUGAAAAGAGGGCUGGUGAAGCCGAGAGAAGGGCCUCGGAGGCCGAGAAGAGAGCUUCGGAUGGUGCUUCUCUGGUGGCCAAGUUGGAGGACAAGCUGAGGUGUUCCGAGGAUCGUCGGGCCGAGGAUUUGGACAUGCUGGAGAAGCUAAGAGGGGAAAUUAGCCGGCUUGAGAAUGAGCAUUCUGCGGCUAAGGAUGAUUUUGCCAAGCAACUGUCCGCCUUGACGACUCGGAAUGAGUUGGCGUCUAAAGGUCUCCGAGAGACCGUGGCCGACCAAAAGAAAAAAUUAACUGAGAUGACCAAGCGGGCCGAGGAUGCAGAGGCCGAGGUGGCCAAGGGAGUUGCUCGGGAGGAAGGCCUGUAUGAGGAUUUCCGGCGGAUGCUGUACAUCGGGGAGGUUCAAGUUGGCGAGUUCGUGAAAGGCCGGUUUGGAGCCGACGUCGAUGUUUCGGACUUCAAGCUAGACGUGUUGGAGCUGCAUCGCCGAGCUAAAGAGCUGCCCGAGGAUUAUGAUGUUCCAGCCGACAUUGAGGAUUAUUUGGCUGAUGACCAAGACCAAGGCCCGAACUAAUGCCGAUGUUUUUGUAAUUUUCGAACAAUUUGGUUUUUUGUUUUGUAGUUUUGAACAAUUUUUCUUUGUCUUGUAAAUUUUGGGAUUUUUGAGCUUUGAGCUCUUUUUACCAGUUUGAAUAUUUUCUUUCGUAUAUACUUGCUUUUCCUGAAUGACUUUUCCCAUUAUUUUGUAGUGUUGAGCUCCGAGCUCCUUUGUUA